GUCAAAAUCGUGCGUCAGUUAGACGUGCGGUUUGGCACCGAGAUAGAUGUUUUAAGUGUCCCAACGUUGUCUAGUAAUUUUUAGUUAAACACGAAAACAUGAAAGAAAAUUUCCACAAUGACUCGUCACCACUAGAUGACAUACUGAUCCCUUUUUAUAGUUGUUUAAGUAGUGAUAACGAAAUCACCAAAUAUACCAGUUUUAACUGCGAUGAUAAUUCGAACAAAAGCUAUCAGAACAGCCUUGAUGAACAUUUUGACAGUUUUUUAAACAAUGAAUUUUGUUCGGAGCAUGUUACCAACGAUAAAUAUAGCGAGAGUAAUUGCUACUCUGUGUUGGGAGUAGACCUAAUUUUAUCCGGCAACGGUAACGAAGACAGCAUCAGCAACAGCAAUCAGAGCAGCGGCAGCAGCAGCGUAGAAACCGUCGUCAGUUUAGAUUCGUGGAUACUAGAAGCCGUAGAUAACAUAGUUUGCAAGGAUUUGUUAACCGACAGUUGCUUUGAUUCUUUAACCCUUGACAACAUUCAAGACACUAGUACAAACUUGCAGUCAAACGACUUGCCUGAAAUUCUGAACAUAUUUCCACACAUCACCGAAGAAAAAAAUAUCAAGCGAAGAUCUCUUCUUUAUGAACGUAGUAUUAAAGUAGAAAAGACACAAAACGAGGAUCUCGUUUACUACAACAAGCAAAGGAGAACGCACUUCACUUUGUCGUCCGAAAAGUACGUUUACAGAAAAACCGAAGACGACAGAUGUUUUCCGUGUUCUGUUGAUAAUUGUGACAAGGUUUAUUCAAAAUCAUCACAUCUUAAAGCUCAUCUUAAAAGACAUUCUGGUGAGAAGCCUUUCGUGUGUAACUGGGAAAGUUGUACUUGGAAGUUUUCGAGAUCCGAUGAGUUGGCCAGACAUAGAAGAUCUCAUUUGGGAAUUAAACCGUAUAAGUGCGAAUUGUGUGAAAGGGCAUUUGCGAGGUCUGAUCAUCUUGCUAAGCAUCACAAAGUUCACAAGAAAAAGAUGGCACAGUAUGGAAGUUACCAGAUCAAGAGGCGCGUUAGGUUUAAUUGACUUUACCAUACUUAUAUUUGACUGAAAUACAAAAAAAUUAAUAAAACUACAAUUGCUUCCAUUUAAUACUUUUUUAAUAAAUUUAAAAUGUUGAUUAGCUUAUUGCAGUAAAUAAAUUAAU